CCCGCUUGCGAAUCCUGCCCUCUUUCAACCUCUACCCUUCAACCUCAACAACCUCCACAACCUCUCACCCAUUCCCUAAAGCUUUCAACCCUCCGCAGCGCCACGCCUGCUUGCUGCCAUUACGACGAUAUAUUUCCCGCUUGCAUUAUGAACAUUUCCUUCCAACGCAGUUGGUAAUCGCCAGCACCAUCCCAUCCACCGCGUUGGCUUCGCCUGAAUCUCCUUAACUCCCUCCCUCCACUCCGCAAUCCGCUCGCUCCAACAUGGCCUCCCGAAGCCAGACAGAGUUUGCCAGACCCGGUGACAUUCUGCUCGUAGUGCACGAGUUCCAGGCUCGAAGUCCCGACGAACUGAGCCUGGCCCGAGGCGAUCGCAUCGAAUUGAUUGAGCGCGACGACGACUUUGGCGAUGGAUGGUUCCUGGGUAAAAACACGGAAAACAGCGAGACCGGCUUGUUCCCGGAGGUCUACACCCGACCUGCACCAAAGCCAACGAUAAAUGUUCCCGUUCACCAACGCAAUCCCUCGCAGCCUAUGGCUGAGCUUCGCCCUCUGCAGCAUGCGACACCGCCCGGUACUGCCGUCUCCGAGCCUGCAACGAUCCACACGUUCCCUUCCCCGGAGCCAUCUCCCGUUACUCAACAGUCGCUUGAAUCCCCUCCUCCGCAUCCCGAACAACAAACAUCCCCUCUCCAGCUAUCGAAUCCCAUCCCGACCCCUCCGCCAGCUACUACCCCGAGUCGAACCUCCAUAUCCACUACGCCUCAGAGAAGUAUCAGCAUGACGUUGAGCGGGGAUAUCCCCAGGGAGGACGACACCAUUGGCAGUCCUGUUAUGCACGAGACGUUGAGCGUCAUUGACGAACACAUUACGGACAUGAGCACGCCGCGCCACAGUAUCGUUGCGAAAGACUUGCGAGGCAAUGAUUCCGGGAGCGAAUACAGCAGCCAUCACCGACUGUCAUACAUCAAUGGUCACGAAACGGAGGACGAGGAGCAAACUCUACAUACAGAGGCAGAGGUCAUGGGCUGGAGUCCGGAAAGGGUCGCAGAGUAUCUCGAGGACGUGGGUGUCGAGAAGAAGCAUUGUGACAUUUUCCGCGAGCAAGAGAUCAAUGGGGAGGUCCUCCUAGGGAUGGAUCAAGCAACGAUAUUUCUGAAAGAGUUUGAGCUGGGACCCGUUGGCCCCCGCCUGCGGACGUGGCUUAAGGUCAAGGCUCUGCAACAGGAAGUCAAGACAGUACACGAAGCGCGCAAAAAUGUCACAUCGUUCGAUGGUGUCUCCGAGGAAUCUCAACCAGAUCCGAUCCGCAACCGGGCCACUUCCAUGGGCGCAGUCCUUCCUAGAAUCCCAAGUUUAAAAGACGGCCAAAGCCCGAAGCCCCCGCCAAAAUCGCUUCCUCGUGCGAACUCUACUGCAGGACAUUCACCCGUUCCCAUUGUCGAGGCAACAUCACCGUUGGUACAUGCAACUCCAUCGUCACCUGGCCCAGUAUCACGUCCUUCCGCCGCGUCUGUUCGCAGCAUGAACCACAGUCGCCGGCAUUCCUCAAUCGACUACAACAUCAACCCACAAGCUCCCCCGAAGGUGCAACCCAAUAUAUCUACGCCGCACAAGAAGACCCCUUCGUUCGAUCGCAAUUGGUCCAUGGGUUCGCCUCAGAAAGCGUCUCAUGAGCUGAAUAGGCCUUCCUCUUCUAAUCACAUGCAUUCGUCAGUCAUUGGCGGGAUGGAAUAUGACCCCGCGGGCGUUGGUCCUGCUCUCAGUCCGCUGAACACAGCCGAGUUGGAUCGCGGCUACUUCUCUGGUAAUGAAGUAGAUAACCGUAAAGCUCGGAAUGUGCUACGCAAGAAAGACAGCCCCAGCCAUUCACGAAACCCAAGCUACAGUACAGAAACAGGUCGGCGCUCGACAUUCAGUCGUCGUCACAGCAGACUGGGCAGCUCAGAUUCCGCAGCCGGUUCCACCAGUCCUAUUUCCCCUGCUGCAAAGGCAUACUACGGUUCGAGCAUCAAGAGCCACCGAAGUUCCAGUAAUUUCGAAUUCAUUCGUCCCUCCAAAGCCACGACCGAGGUGACGCCUACAGUGACAAGACUUGAGUACGACAGUCCCAGCAUCGACGCGAUAGCGAAAUCACCCCACGUUCCAGGCAGUGAGACAUCCUCUCAAGGGCGCGCAUCACCUUCCCCAGCGACCCACUCAUUCUUUAGCAAAAAGCCUCGCGGUUCCGGUCUUCGGGCUAUUUCGGAUGCAAUCACUGGAACUGAAAGGGCCAGCGCUGGAGAUAUGACCGGUUCGCCCCUCAAAGAAUCUCCCAUGCAGUCACCAACAAGGACCGGUUCGAGCACUCCUUCCGGAGCUUCCAUGUCGAGGAGCUUUGAUUUUGAGAAUCCAGAUUUGAACAAGCGGCUCACGGCAGCCUCGACGGGCUCGAAACAGCGAAAGGCGAAGAAGCAUGGGACUAGCGCAUAUCUUCGAGGUCGUGAAACUAUCACUCCCCAGGAAGCUAUGAUGGCAUGUGAUUACAGCGGUUGGAUGAAGAAGAAAUCCUCGAGCCUCAUGACAACUUGGAAAACGCGUCUAUUCGUCCUACGCGGCCGCCGCCUCUCUUACUUCUACACCGAGAACGACACGGAAGAGAAGGGUCUGAUAGACAUUUCGUCCCAUCGAGUGCUCCCAGCCAACAACGAGCGUAUGACGGGCUUACAUGCAAGCUUGACACGAGCUUCUUCCUCGCCUACGUCACCACAGAACGCCACAAUUCCUACGAACGCAUCAACGGAUGUCGCCAACGGCAUUGAAGAGGACAUGUCCGGGAUGUUCAUCUUCAAACUUGUUCCUCCUCGUGCUGGAUUGCAAAAGGGCGUACAGUUCACGAAGCCAAUCGUCCACUACUUCGCAGUGGACAGCAUCCAGAUCGGACGCCUUUGGAUGGCUGCACUGAUGAAGGCUACCAUUGAUCGGGACGAAACUCUGAACAUAACCACUACAUAUCAACAGAAAACGAUAUCACUCGAGAAGGCUCGCGCGAUGCGACAGCGACCCCCGGCUUUGAUGGACGAAGAAGAGGACGAGGCUGCUUCGUCGGGCAAGAGGUCCAAAGAAAGCGUUCUGGACGAGGUCAUCCAAGAGGAGGACGAGAAGCACGGCCUAGCAAUAUCCGGACUUGACGACGCGAAAGCACUUCUCGACUUUGCUGAGAAUGGACCUGGAACUCCGCCCGCCAUUCCUCCCAAGAGGAAAGAAAGUGUGAGCGGCGCCCUGAGUCCAGGGCUUGUCUCUCCCAUUGGAUAAACGUCGUGUCGUUGCACCUCUCCGCUCUUUACCUAUUUUCUUUUGCAAAUAUUCUAUUUCGACUUUUCCCACUCGCGACUUUUGUCACAUUUUUGAGAGCAGCUUAUUCUAUUCGUUGGAAAGCGAAAAGGCUCCUGGCGUUGGGUACGCGAUUUAUUUUUUCCAUUCAGUGCAAUAUCCACGGCACAUUACACGAUGACGGCCAUUUACACACCUAAUCGAAUCACACACAUCGAUUCAUUUGCGCAAACC